AUGAGGCCGGAGACACAAGCGGCAAAGGGGUGGGCUGAUGAUAUCAUCGGAUUCGCCGAGGCGUGAUGGGGCCCGCGCGCGAAACAUUCAGCUCAACUUAAUCGGCUUCCCCUCUCCCUGUCAGUCAUUCUCCGGGUUCACUCCGUGACUACUGAUUACCUUGCGCCUGUUCAUACCGAACAUCUCAGAUUCCCCAAGCUUGUUUCGCUUUGCCAUUCUCGAUUCUUUUGUUUCAUAAUGUCGGCCAGCUACUCCUUUGCGGACGAGGUACCACUGCCAAACUCCGCCGUCAAAAUACCCCGCCUCGGCUUCGGCGUCUAUCGGUCACCUUCCACACAAUGCGUGCAGUCCUGCCUCAAGGCCCUCGAAGUUGGCUACCGGCACAUUGAUACCGCUCAGUUCUACGCAAAUGAGAAAGAGGUUGGCGACGCCAUCCGUUCCUCUGGCCUGCCCCGCAAUGAAAUUUUCGUGACCACCAAAAUCCUCAGCCCAGCGGGCUCGCCUGAGGCAACCUACGAGAGACUGCUGGCUAGCGUCGAGAAGAUCGGUGGUCCGGACGGAUACGUUGAUCUGUUCCUGAUUCAUAGCUCCAAGUCUGGCUCGUCGGGUCGCAAGCACUUAUGGCAGGCCCUGGAGAGGCUGCUGGAGGAAGGCAAGGCUAAGAGUAUCGGUGUCAGUAACUUUGGAGUGAAGCACAUUGAAGAGAUGAAGGAGUAUGCGAAAGUCUGGCCGCCCCAUGUUAACCAGAUCGAGCUCCAUCCUUGGUGCCAACAACGCGUGAUCGAUGCAUACUGCAAGAAGAACGGAAUCGUUAUCGAGUCUUAUGCCCCCAUUGUGCGAAACUAUAAAGCGAAUGAUCCUACACUCGUGGACUUGGCCAAGAAAUACAACAAGACGACCCAGCAGGUCCUGAUACGCUACGCGCUGCAGAAGGAAUGGGUUCCACUUCCUAAAACCGACAACCCAGACCGGAUUGCGGCUAACGCUGAUGUGUUUGAUUUCGACAUCAGCGAGGAGGACAUGGCGGUGCUUAAUGCUCUUGACCAGGGAAGCAGUGGCGCCAUUGUCGAGGCCGUCGAGAACGAAUAGUUCGUCCAUUUAUAGACAUAAUUAAUUGCGAAUUUUUAGGUUCAUUUCUUUAAGGUAUUAGUAAUCUGGGCGUUGCAUGAGGAAGGCAUUGACCGAUUGAAGCGUAGACCGCGAAGGAUUCACGUCAUGUUUGGAGGAUGUGAUCCAAGCGAGCCGCUGACGAAUGAACUGCUUGCCGAUCAUUUGGUUGGUGGGAACAGCAGUGAACUUGCCUAGUGUAUUAUUAGUGCUGUAGAGACACCUUAUAGAAUAGACGA